GCAGCUGAUGUGUUUGAUGCUGCGCUAACGCCCAGAACCAAUCGGCCUGUUGUUGCACGACGAGGAGGCUUUCCAGAGAUUUUCCUUGACCUUUGGUCCAUUUUCACACUCGUGGAUACAAUCUGGAACUAGCUGGAUGAAAUUCCAUCCUUAACCGUUUAUUAAGCUAAAUUUUAUUAACACCAGGAAGUACAUAUGUCCCACUUACCGCUUUCUAAUCUUCUUCAACAAAUUUGAUACCCUUCUCAGUGAUGCCUCACUCGAAAUCGACAUCGACAGAUACACUCGAACGAUAAUCCGCUAAUGUGACUGCCACUGGAGUGCUCCAGAGUAUGACAUCAUGAAAAUAUGAUCUUACUGAUACUUAGCCAGCAACUGUUCUAGACUUGGUAUUUCCACAAACUCCUUGGCUAGAGAAGUAUUCUUGGUAAUACGAUUUGGGUCAUUCAGAGUAAGUUUUGACUCAACAAUGACUUCUGGCUUUGAUUUAGGAGUUAGUCAUGCGUAGCAGUUCUCAUCAAAGCAAAUUGGCUCUGACUCGUGCGUUCCAAUAUAUUCAACAUUCAUUGCUUGUGUAUAUUAGAACACAGGACUUUGUAUUACAUCUCGAACUUGCAACAUUCGGCACUUAUCAUAAUGCGUUCUUCACAUUUGAAUGGAUGCUCACGACAAAGCAAUUGAUAGAACUGUAACACAAACGCAUCCUCGUCUAAAUCAUAGCAAAUAAAAUAACACCAGAAAACUUCUUCUCGAACUUGUCAUAAUUCUCCUAUCCGUCGAUGAUCUUGUAAUCCAAGUUUGUAAGAUCGUUCUUUAUAUAACUCCAGCAAAAAUUAUUACUGGUCUGUGAAGAGCUUAUGAAUCCAUUUACUUUAUUGCGUUGUAGAUAGUAAAGCCACAGGACGCAAUACUGCCCACACUGUCUAAAUCGAGGGUCCUGACUAUCAACUUUGCGAAAGGAAUAAUCUUUUGGUAUCACACGUGGUCUUGGCAAGUCGAGGGGAUCAAAGAGAGUCUUACGUUUGUUUGAGACUGCUACCCAAAAUGUGUCCCGCCAAUCUAAGGCGUUCCAUGUUUAGAAUAUUGUAGUCCUUUUGUCUAUUCAAAUGCUCCUCCCGGUGAGUUUUCACCUUCAUCAUCGUAAUUGCUUCUAAACAAACACGCAAAACAUCUUGAGCUUCAUUUUUAUAGCUAUAACUAAUCGGUUUAAGCUCCUUGUAUCGCUCAAACAGUAAAUCAAUUUCCUUAAUAUCCUCUAUCAAUCGACGAUCAGACGUAGCCCAUAUACCAGCUUGAAUGUA